GUGACGUUGUGGACAUCUACCAGCGGGAGUUCCUUGCCCUCCGGGACCGACUGCACGCAGCCGAGCAGGAGAGCCUGAAGCGCUCGAAGGAGCUUAACCUGGUCCUGGAGGAGAUCAAGAGAGCGGUCUCGGAGAAGCAGGCCCUGCGGGAUAUAAACCGGACCUGGAGCAGCUUAUCUGACGAAACCAAGUUAAAACUGUGGAAUAUCACCAACAAGAAUGUGCUGCACCUUCCCACCAUCUUCCAUCAUUUGCCACAUUUGCUGUCAAAGGAGAACAGUCUGCAGCCAGCCGUGCAUGUGGGACAGGGGCGCACUGGAGUGUCCGUCGUGAUGGGAAUCCCCAGCGUGAAGCGGGAGGUGCAUUCCUACCUCACCGACACCCUCAACUCCCUCAUCUCAGAGCUCACUCAGCAGGAGAAGGAGGACUCCGUCAUCGUUGUCCUCAUCGCCGAGACAGAUCCGCAGUACACAGCCGGCGUGGCAGAAAAUAUCAAAAACUUAUUCCCAAAGGAAAUACACUCAGGUCUCCUGGAGGUAAUUUCCCCAUCUCCGCAUUUCUAUCCUGAUUUCUCCCACCUGCGGGAAUCCUUUGGAGACCCCAAGGAAAGAGUCAGGUGGAGGACAAAGCAGAACCUCGACUACUGCUUUUUAAUGAUGUAUGCCCAGUCCAAAGGCAUAUAUUACGUGCAGCUGGAGGAUGAUAUUGUGGCCAAACCAAACUAUCUCAGCACGAUGAAGAACUUUGCCUUGCAGCAGCCCUCCGAGGAGUGGAUGAUCCUGGAGUUUUCUCAGCUGGGGUUUAUUGGAAAAAUGUUCAAGUCUCUGGAUCUGAGCUUGAUCGUGGAGUUCAUCCUGAUGUUCUAUAAGGACAAACCCAUUGACUGGCUGCUGGAUCACAUCCUUUGGGUGAAAGUCUGCAACCCUGAAAAGGAUGCAAAACACUGUGACAGGCAGAAGGCAAACCUGAGGAUCCGCUUCAAGCCCUCGCUCUUCCAGCAUGUGGGAACCCACUCGUCUUUGGCUGGGAAGAUACAGAAGCUGAAGGACAAGGACUUCGGCAAGCAAGCCUUGCGGAAGGAGCACGUCAACCCUCCUGCGGAGGUGAGCACCAGCCUGAAAACCUACCAGCACUUCACCUUGGAGAAGGCUUACCUGCGGGAGGACUUCUUCUGGGCCUUCACUCCCACUGCCGGAGACUUCAUCAGAUUCAGAUUCUUCAAACCGCUCCGCAUCGAAAGGUUCUUCUUCCGCAGCGGCAACAUCGAGCACCCAGAAGACAAACUCUUCAAUACGACUGUGGAGGUUUUGCCAUUUGACAGCCUGCAGUCGGAUAAGGAAGCCUUGCAGGAGGGAAGAGGCACAGCUGUCAAAUACCGCAGGACACCGGAUGGCUACAUCCAGAUAGGCUCCUUCUCCAAGGGCGUCGCAGAGGGUGAGGUGGACACGUCAUCUUUAUCAAAAAAGCAGAGUGACACGGGCGUGCGGAAGGGCGGACACACACGUACAUCCCCGGUCCUGCUCGCUCCCCUCCCGCUCCCGUCCCGUGGCGCCUCGCCCGGGCGCAGGGUGGCCGUGCCAGCGGGGCGCAGCCCGGCUGCGGGGAGCCGACGUGUGCCCAUGGGCCUCCGGAUGGCGGCUUCUGCGGAAGAAGAGCAAAAAGCAAAACCCACCACCCGGUGCGGAGGGCGGGCGCUGCGCCCGGGUCCUCACUCAGCCGCUCGUGGGUGCACGGCUGCCGCACGGGCACGGGUCGGGGUGAGCUUUGGCAAGCGUGGGGACGAAAAGCACCUUCAGCCCAGGACGGGGCAAUCUCUGGCUGCAUCUGGGGACUGA